GUUGUAUAGUAAGUGCUUGGGGAACAGGUUUUUUAUUCCGAGUAUACGAAAAGCACAUAAUCGACCAUCUUUCUUCGUCAAUUUGUUUUGAAUACGCUAGAUAUAUAUACAUAUACAUACAUACAUACAUAUAUAUAUAUAUAUAUAAUGAUAUUUUUUAUUUUUCUCCACACGAUUGAGUGAGGUAUAAGAAUUCUCAUCGAUUUUUAGAGCAUCCUAGGUCAUCUAGAAUACCGCGUUAUUCUUCUCGAAAAAAAUACGACUGGUUAAACGUUAAUUUAUUAUUAAAAAAUAUCUAUUAUUGUCAAUAAUUCGUUCAGAUGAAAUUAAUCGUCUCUAUACGUAUUUAAAAAAAAAAAAGUUUAAAUCGAAAGAAAUUUACUUAAAAUUUUCCAUACGUCUACUUCAACGAUAAUAAAGUCCGGACGAAUAUCUGAACACAUCGAAAUAUUUGCCAUGUUAGCAAAUUCUUAAAUAUUGACUCCGUAUUACUUGGAAGAGAUGGUUUAAAGGUGAUCGUUUACGUCAUCAUUCUCUUAAAAGCGGCAGAAAUAUGUUCGUUUAAAAUUUGUCGGCGAUAACAUAAGGCAUAUGUUCGAAUCACGACGCGACAUUCUAUUUUUAUAUUUUGUACUUCAUAUCUUUGAAGAUUUUAAUCGAUGACAAUUGUACAAAUUUUAAUUAGUGAUUUAUGAUUUCAUAUGGAAAUUGCACAGAUAAAGGAAGAGAGAGAGAAAGAGAUUUGAAAAAGAAUGCCGAGUUUCAUUUCGACUGAACGUCCUAGUCUUCUUGCCAAUUAUAUAUCGUAAUAUCGUGUCUUCUUUUUGAGCAAGGCGAUCUUUGUAUGUGAUCUCCGAUAAAGAAUUCGCUUUGACAAAUGAUAGAUCAAUAAAUCAAUACAUCAUAGUCGAUAAACGUAUACUUCCUUUGCUACAUUUAAAACAUUUCUAUUCUAACAUACGUAAUACAAAUUAUACGAAUAAAAUAUAGUUAUCGAUAAAUAUUUAAAUCUACAAUCAUAAUGAUACAUAGUUUUCAAAGGAUAUUUCUUUCCAAGAAAAUUAUACGGCAAAUUUCUUUGAAAUAACGUCUCUCGAGUGUAUCUCGUGACCAUUGGUCGAAGAAGAAAACGAGAUAGUCUUGCAAGCAAGGAAUUUUGGCAGUCGGCCAUACAAACUAUAAUGGCUACGACGUCUAUUCGAUGACAAUAAAUAUAAUAACAUAUACCUUGUCACGUGCUGCACAAACGCAAAUAUACGCACCAUUUAAUGACGCGAUUUCCUCGCUCCUUCUCGGCUCUGAAGAAACGCUACCUCAGCCAGUCGGCGAAGGGAUGCGACACAAAACGGCCACGUUCCUUGACGAGCACAGAGUUUCGACUACCGUUGGACAUGACCCGCAGACGAACAACGGCAGUCAGGCACAGCAACAACAGCAACAACUUCAAUGGUUGGGAAGUCCAGGUGAAACGACGCUCGUAUCACGGGUUGCUCGGAGUAGCAACAGCAACGGUGGUGGCGGUAGUGGGUGGGAAGGGCUUAAAUCAUCGUCGUUACCGCAACAUCAACAACAACAACAACAAAGGCGGAGGCGCCAAGAAGAGCAACAAGGCGAAUCUGGAGGUCUGGGGGAUGACGAAGACGGGGGUGGAGGGAGCGGAGGGUUGGAGGGGACGGACCCAGAGGCGAACCACGCUGUUCACCUCAAGAGACGGGUGGGACUCGUCAGUGGGGUGGCUUUAAUCGUUGGCACCAUGAUCGGAUCAGGGAUAUUCGUUUCGCCAUCCGGCCUCCUAGUUCGAACCGGCAGCGUCGGAGUUAGCUUCUUCGUAUGGACGGCCUGUGGGAUUUUGAGCUUGUGCGGCGCACUCGCUUACGCAGAGCUUGGCACGAUGAACACCAGCAGCGGCGCAGAAUAUGCUUAUUUCAUGGACGCCUUUGGUGCACCACCGGCUUUCCUUUUCUCCUGGGUUUCCACCCUGGUAUUGAAACCAUCGCAAAUGGCGAUAAUCUGUCUCUCCUUCGCCCAAUACGUCGUUGAAGCUUUCGUAGCGGACUGCGAUCCUCCCGACGAGGUGGUCAAGCUGGUCGCUCUCCUUGCGAUCGUUCUUAUACUUCUGGUGAAUUGUUACAGCGUUAAUCUGGCAACCGGAGUACAAAAUGCUUUCACCGCAGCGAAACUCAUUGCUAUACUUGUAGUUAUCGUCGGCGGUGCGUACAAGUUGAUACAGGGAAACACGCAACACCUGAAAGGAGCCUUAGAUACCAUGGACGGUAGUAACGUUAAUUUCGGUAGACUCGCUACCGCAUUUUAUACGGGUCUAUGGGCCUACGACGGCUGGAAUAAUUUGAAUUACGUUACGGAGGAAAUCAAGGAUCCAUCGAAGAAUCUACCAAGGUCUAUUAUGAUUGGGAUACCUCUUGUUACCCUUUGUUACGCACUGAUUAAUAUUUCUUAUUUGGCGGUUAUGUCGCCUUCGGAGAUGAUCGAAAGCGAGGCUGUUGCUGUGACAUUUGGGAAUCGGAUACUCGGCGUAAUGGCAUGGCUCAUGCCUUUAUCGGUUGCUAUCAGCACCUUUGGUUCCGCCAAUGGAACUCUUUUUGCGGCAGGUAGACUUUGUUUUGCUGCAUCCAGAGAAGGACAUUUGCUCGAUUGCUUGAGUUAUGUACAUGUGCGCCGUUUUACGCCUGCGCCAGGCCUCAUAUUUCAUUCUAUCGUUGCAGGUGCAAUGGUCGUUUCUGGAAAUAUAGAUUCCUUAAUUGAUUUCUUUUCCUUUACCGCUUGGAUUUUCUAUGGUGGAUCGAUGUUAGCUUUGUUGGUAAUGCGAAGAACCAGACCAAAUCAUCCAAGACCUUACAAAUGUCCCCUGAUCAUACCCGCACUUGUACUUGUAAUCUCUGCGUACCUGAUAGUGGCACCCAUCAUCGACAAGCCUCAAAUCGAGUACUUAUAUGCAACCGGAUUUAUUUUCGCAGGCAUGUUUGUUUAUCUCCCCUUCGUGAAAUACGGAUACGUGCCGAAAUUUAUGGAAGGAGUAAAUGCUUUUCUUCAAAUGUUACUAGAGGUGGCGCCAACCGCAGCUGCUUUCGAUUGAUUCCAAUAUAAAACAUCGAAAAUGAUUUUUUAAAGAUCUUAUCAUUCCACUGUGGCAUAUUUAAAAUGUACAUGUGAGAAUAUAUUUUUAAUGUACGUACAGAAACAAAAAUACUGUUUUAUCGAUGCUCGAGUUUGCUUGGAUUGAUCCAAGAACAUACAUAAAAAUAUUAUUUUAUUACUCGUUAUUCUUCUUACAUAAUAUACAAUAUAUAGAGGACGUUGUUAGACAUAGAUGAUUGAUGUUAUAAUGACAACGAUGAGUUAACAAAAGAUAUUUUAAAUGUU